CAUCACCCGAGAUUAUUCCCAAAUGUUGUGCUUCGUCCUCCAUGGUGUGUGCUGGCAUCGUACAAUCCAUGGAUGUCUGUCUCCUCAAGCGACACUCCUCUCAUCGCGGCUACCGCGUGUAGGGCUUGCGGCAUGAUUCGCAGCAUCCAAUCAUGCGAUUUCUGAUAUAUGUGAAACAAGUGAAAGCACUUCAUAAGACCUGAAAGUUAUAUCUGCACAAUUCAUGCUAUCGUCGACUUCGCCUGGACAUGGCUAAUGAGUGAAUCGCGCGAUCGCGCUUCAUAUCAGCUUGUGAAUGUGAAAGUCAACCACAUUAUGCCUGGUGUCCCGACCUCAAGAUACUCCUCCCUGACAAUCCAUUGAAGCACUUGUCACAGCAUGUCUACCAUCGCUUGGCCGCCACCGCAGGCUACCGACGCGCCUGAAUUAUCUACAGAGCAAAUUGCCCGCAAGGUUCAAGCGACGACAGCUCGCGAGCUUGUUUGGCUACUUUCUUCGUUACAAGAAACACUAGUAUCACUAAAGGAUGGCCUCGCAUCCUGCGCGAUUCUGCUCGCUCCCCAAGAACCAGGAUCCACACUCGUAUUGUCCUCCCAUCGCAGUGAGGCUUUGAAAGGAUUCGUCAAUCGCGUCGGUGCACGCCUCGUUAAGGGCGAGAUUCAUCUUCGACUUCCUCCUCUACUGCCUGUUCCGCGUGGGCAAUCUAGCUUUCGAAUCUCAAUCUCCAACCUCCCGACCUCAGCGACCGUCGUCCUUGAACAGCUCACUACUGCACGCACGUUGAUUAAUGGCUCACUUGACGUGAUCGAUGCCACUCGCUGGACUGGGGAUGCACAUAAUCCAGCGUUCCUCGCCGGGCAACUCCGUCUUCUUCAUGAACACAUCCAGGACGCGCGCGCUGCACUUCAAGGCGACGCUGAUGUAGCUGCGGCCUGGCCGACUUCGUCCAUAGAUACCACUGCCUUCCACCCGACACUCCCGAAGAACCUUUCCCUCCAUCUCCACAUUGCCGACGCCGCUCUCAUCCUCACUGCUCGCACUCUCGAGCCAGCCAACGGCAUGCUGACACCACAUCACGCGCCCUCUGGGUCCCGACCUACCACCGCCUCCUCCAUGAAUCCUCCAUCAAAUCAACCACUGUUUGGUGGGUUUUCUUUCCGCGACCGUCUGGCGACUGCCCUGGGCGCUGCGCCUCGUCCACUGCAUGACGAAGCAGGCGAAAUCUUCACUUUUCAUGGCGAGACCUUUCGUGUACGAGACAAGGUGCGCGUGGAAAGUCAAGAUCCGAGCCUGAUGGCGGCAUUGGCCAAACUCAGUGCCUUGGAACGUAGCGUAGCGUUGUCAAGGAGAGCAUUAAGGAUAGUCAUGGGCGGCACCGGCGAGGAGGAUGAAGAGUGAAUAUAAAUGUAUAUAUGUGUGCUGUGAAAUAAAUGUGUAUUGUGUAUUGGUUCGUCAUGUAUGUUGCGCUCUUCCCUCAUGGUUUACAUGUG